GAUUUUAGUGUUAAGCUGGAAGGGGACGUGUCACUCUGUAUAGCCCUAUCUUCAUCGGCUAAGUGGUCCAAAAUUUUGUUUGGUAUUCUUUAUAUUCGCCUCAGAAGACUGCAGUGGGAUGGUGGAAAACAUCAUGUGAGGGAACUUCCGCCUAUCCUUAGGAGAAGCCCUUCAGCUGAUAAAUUGGGAGAUACUGAUGUCGAGUUAGCUAAAACAUUGAAAGAAUCUAAUUUGCUAGAUGAACUUGAGGCUGAUGAACUUGAUAAGACAUUUUAUCUUGGCCUUAUUUUCGAUAAAGUCAACCAUCUGUCUUCCCUUUACAAGCGAACUAAAGUGGGUUUCAAGGCAGCUGAGCUUCUUGCACAUAUUGCUGAGCUUGAACUAAAGCAUAGUACUAUUAAAGCUGACGAAGCAUAUGAAAAAGAACCGAGACGUUUGGCAUUAAAGGAUUUGACCGAGGAACAACUUAAGACGGUGAAGCGGUUGCCAGUUGAAGGGUUGCUCGAGCAAUCUACAGAGCUUAUGCAUAUCUCUCUUCCUGUUCCAGUCACGAGGCAGAUUCUGAGGGAUGCCUCAACUUUCAUAGAUCAAACAUGUCAUGAUAUGAUUAGAGAAAGGAAUGCUUUUUGGCAGCAAUAUCACGAGUGUCCUUCCUCGGGCGAGAUCAAAGGGCACCAUUUGAAUGGAUUGAGUCAAACCCUAGAUUCACUGCUUGACAAG